AUGGGGAAUAUCACUUCAGAAACGCAAUCUGCUUUCUUCAGUGGUAGAUUUAUAUUAGACAGGCCAAUGAUGAUUAAUGAGAUAUUGGCUUGGGCGAGGCAGAUGGGCAAGGAGAUGUUUAUAUUUAAAAUUGAUUUUGAAAACGCAUACGAUAAUGUGCAUUGGGGGUUUUUAUUAGAUAUGCUUCGUCAGUUGGGGUUCCCGAUUCGAUGGUGUUUAUGGGUGGAGGGUAUCUUGAUGUCGGUGAGGUCGUCAGUGCUUGUUAAUGGAGCUCCUACAUUUGAGUUUGACUGCAAGAAAGGAAUUCGACAAGGUGAUCCGUUAUCGCCUUUCUUGUUUGUCAUUGUCAUAGGCGAUGAUGAAGAAGUUCUUGGGGGGGGGGGUAGUGACAGGGUUAAAAAGUUACAUUGGGUUGGAUGGGAUAAGGUCACGGUGGCGAAAGGUAAAGGCGGUCUGGGUGUUAAUAGGCUGGAAAAUUCGAAUCAAGCUCUUGUGUUAAAAUGGUUGUGGAGGUAUAGGAGCGAGAGUAAUGCAUUAUGGAAAAAGGUUGUAGAUGCGGUCCACUCAUUGGCUCGCAAUUGGGAUCUUUAUCCAGUUCAAACAAGGUACAAAGGGGGUUGGUAUAAUAUUGUGAAAUGGGGAAAGCAAUCGAAGGUGGCUGAUGUCGGCUUUAAUAGCCUUAUUAGAGCUGAUAUUGGUAAUGGUGAUUUGGUUAGAUUUUGGAUGGAUCCUUGGUUAUGCGGGCAACCAUUAAAGGUGCGUUUUCCUAAUCUUUACAGACUUGAAACUGGCAAACAUUGUAAGGUGUCGGAUUGGGUAUUGAAGGCGGGAGGCGCUAGGAGUUUUGGAUGGAAAUGGCGGCGCAAUCCGACAUCUUUAGAAGAAACUUUGGAACUGACAGAUUGUUUUAAUAUGCUUACGACUGUGAAGCUUUCUGAAAAGAAAGAUUCAUGGUUGUGGCAUGGUAUCGGCUCAGAGUUCACAGUGGCAAAUGUAAAGGAUUGGAAGACGUUGAAUGUAUCUAACUUGCAUGCAAUGUCAUCCAACUGA